AUAAAUAAAAUUACAAUAAAAUAAUAAAAAAAAUUCUUCAGUCUUCCCUCUCGAGUCAAUUUUGGUUUUUGGCAAAAAAAUUUCUUCAAUUUUUUAGAUCUGUUUUACUUCAAUUUGUCAGUUGCUACAGUCAUAUAGGUGUUUGUGUGUGUUUAUGCACAAAAAUUGUUUAGAUUGAUGUUUGUGUUGAAGCUUAGGGAAGAUCAAAAGAGGAAUUUGAUUUCAAAAUUGGGCGAAAAAGUGGGAAUUUGUUUCAUUUCGUUUUAGGGUGUUUGAAUUCUUGUUAUGACUACUGCGGAAGCGUUAUCUGUGAUUCCAGCAGCUGUUCUUCGUAAUCUAUCGGAUAAGCUGUACGAGAAGCGCAAGAAUGCUGCUUUAGAGUUGGAAGGGAUUGUUAAGCAUUUGACAUCUGCGGGUGACCAUGACAAGAUCAAUGCUGUUAUCAGUUUGUUGUCCCAGGAGUACACUUACUCACCUCAGGCUCAUAACCGGAAAGAAACUUUUUUCCAGAAAGCAUUCUUCUCUAACAAACACACACCUGAGCUGCAGGGAGGAUUGAUAGGACUGGCUGCAGUAACUGUUGGUUUGACUUCAGAUGCAGCUCAACACCUUAAGCAAAUUGUCCCGCCAGUCUUACACUCUUUUUCGCACCAAGACAGCAGAGUUCGUUAUUAUGCCUGUGAAGCUUUGUAUAACAUCGCAAAGGUUGUAAGAGGAGAUUUCAUCGUAUUCUUCAAUCAGAUCUUUGAUGCUUUGUGUAAGCUUGCAGCAGAUUCAGAUGCCAACGUGCAAAGUGCUGCUCAUCUUUUAGAUAGACUUGUGAAGGAUAUCGUCACAGAGAGUGAGCAAUUCAGCAUUGAAGAAUUUAUUCCUUUGCUGAGAGAACGAAUGAAUGUCCUCAAUCCUCAUGUCCGCCAAUUUCUUGUUGGGUGGAUCACAGUUUUAGACAGUGUUCCGGAUAUUGAUAUGCUCGGUUUUCUUCCUGAUUUUCUUGAUGGAUUAUUUAAUAUGCUGAGUGAUUCUAGCCAUGAAAUACGGCAACAGGCUGAUUCUGCACUUUCAGAGUUUUUGCAAGAGAUUAAGAAUUCUCCAUCUGUAGAUUAUGGCCGCAUGGCUGAAAUACUAGUGCAAAGGGCAGGCUCACAGGAUGAAUUUACUAGGUUGACUUCUAUCACUUGGAUAAAUGAAUUUGUGAAACUUGGUGGAGAUCAACUUGUCCCGUAUUAUGCUGAUAUUCUGGGAGCAAUAUUGCCUUGUAUAUCUGAUAAAGAAGAAAAAAUAAGAGUUGUUUCUCGUGAAACAAAUGACGAACUUCGUGCAAUUGAGGCUGAUCCAGCUGAGGGAUUUGAUGUAGGAGCAAUCCUCUCUGUCGCUAGGAGGCAGUUGUCUAGUGAAUGGGAGGCAACACGUAUUGAAUCAUUACAUUGGAUGUGGACCCUGCUUAAUGGACAUCGGUCAGAGGUCUUGGUUUUUCUGAAUGAUGUCUUUGACACUCUCCUAAGGGCGCUAUCAGAUCCCUCCGAUGAGGUAGUGCUCUUGGUGCUUGAGGUGCACGCAUGCAUAGCCGAAGAUCCGCAACACUUCCGGCAGCUAGUUGUUUUCCUAGUUCACAGCUUUCAGCAUGAUCACUCACUCCUGGAGAAACGUGGGGCUUUGAUAAUUCGACGCCUAUGUGUACUUCUAAAUGCUGAAAGAGUUUACCGUGAACUGUCCACAAUACUUGAAGGAGAAUCAGAUUUGGACUUUGCUUCUGUGAUGGUUCAGGCUUUAAACUUGAUUUUGCUUACAUCACCUGAGUUGUCUGACCUUCGGGAGGAUCUUAAACAAUCACUGGUCAAAGAUGCUGGGAGAGACUUGUUGCUUUCUUUGUACGCAUCUUGGUGCCAUUCACCAAUGGCAAUGAUAAGCCUCUGCCUGUUAGCUCAGUCAUACCAGCAUGCAAGUUCUGUUAUUCAGUCUUUGGUUGAAGAAGACAUCAAUGUGAAGUUCUUAGUGCAACUACAUAAGUUGAUCCACCUUCUGGAGACUCCAACCUUUGCUUACCUUAGGCUUCAGCUUCUUGAACCUGGAAGAUACAUAUGGUUAUUAAAAGCAUUAUAUGGUCUGUUGAUGUUGUUGCCGCAGCAAAGUGCAGCCUUCAAGAUUCUUCGUACUCGGUUGAAAACUGUUCCUUCAUACUCCUUCAAGGAAGAGAAAGUUGCACGAACAUCGUCUGGGAUUCCAUUUUUCAAUGGCGGAGGUGGAUUACAAAUUUCCGAUGAUGGCAACCCAAAUGAGAAUUCACAUGAUAUGCAUAACGGAAUAAACUUUGGUUCUAGGCUGAAGCAUUUUAAGCAAAUUCAGCAGCAGCAUCGUUUGCACUUAAAGUCAGAGACUCAAUCACGAUUUAGCUCUGCUUCAUCAAUGAAGGAGUUAUGAAGACCAGAAGAAUUAAAACAAUCUGCCGCAGCAACAGACUUGAACGUGCCUUCUUCAAGCGUAUGGCGUAGAGCCCCAGUACAGUUGCAACUUUGAUUGUUUACUCUUUCUCCUAAUCAAGGUUUCUUAUACAGCAAUCUUGAUUUGCUUUCUUUUUCUUUUUUUGGAAAGCAUAGUCAAGCUCCGCUAAGUUGUAAAUUGUAUAUCUAGUUAUUUGUUUUGUCAAAAUUCAUUGAGUUGGAAAAAUGUGGAGAAAGAGAUAUUACUUUUAGCUUGGAUAUUCCAAAGCUAUUUUAAAAAGUUUUUGAAAGAUAUUAAAAGGUAAAAUUAGCCCAUGUGGUUAUGUUAUUUUUUGUUGAA